AUGGCAGACCAAGCAACCCGCGCUGUUGUAGAUAAGCUUCCCCUCUGCUCCGUCAAUGCAGGCCCCCGCAGUCCGCAAUGGAACGAACGCUUGAAGGAGGAGUACAGGGCGCUCAUUAGCUAUUUGACGCUCGCGAAAGAAAAUGACAAGGAGUGGUUCAAGAUUGAAGCCAAUCAAGAGGGCACAGAAUGGAAGGGGCGCUGCUGGUGUCUUCACGAAAUGGUUAGGUACGAGUUCGAUUUAGUUUUCGACAUCCCUGCAACGUACCCGCUGACGCCGAUUGAUCUGCGGCUGCCCGAGCUGGACGGGAAGACUAGCAAGAUGUAUCGCGGCGGCAGGAUUUGUCUUGACGCACACUUCGCGCCUCUCUGGAGUAAGAACGCUCCAAAGUUUGGCAUAGCUCAUGCUUUGGCCCUUGGGUUGGGGCCAUGGUUAGCGGCGGAGGUGCCUUAUCUGGUGGACUCGGGCGUCCUUAUGGCCUCUUAG